CCACGAUGAACGGCAAACGACCGCACGAGACGAAUGGCGAUGAUGGCGAUGCCAAGCGGCAGCGCGCUCUGGAUGGCUCACCUUUGCCGGUCAAAUCAGCGGAUCAUGAAAUGUCAGAGCUUGACAGGAAGAAGGCGGCGACCCAGGCGAAGAUUGCUGCCAUGAAGCAAGCGUUAGCAGCGAAAAAGGCCGGUGCCGAUGCUGCAGCGGCUCCUCCACCGCCGCCUCCACCCGCCAACGAUGUCGAUGCCCAGAAAGCUCGAGCCGCGCAGAAGAUCCAGGAGCUCAAGGCGAAGCUUGCGGCGAAGAAGCUGGAGAAUGGUGCUUCUCCUGUCAACGGAUCAUUUGCAAGCCCGCCACCUCCUCCUCAACAGUCCGAGCAGGCACUCCGAAUCGCAGAAGCUCGUGCAAAGGCUGCAGAACUGGCAGGGAAGCGCGGUCCCAGCGCAGCGCCCACACCUCCUCCGAGACAGGACACCCGAGGAGCUAGAGGAGGGCUGGGUAUCGGCCUGCAUCCUUCACUGCUGGGCGAUGCGGGUGCUGCAGAUAAAGGCAAGGCGGGCCCGAAGUUCAGCACAGCAAAAGGAAAUCAACAGCCAGACAAGCCCAAGGUCAACCCGUACCUGAUCUGGGACGACGAUGAGAAGACGGGUGAGAGCAAUCCUGCAUUUGAGCCGACUGGGAGGAAAUAUGCGGAACGAAAGAGCAAGCCCCUCGCAUUCAGUGAGAAGGGAAAGUACAUGGCUCAGGCGAACGCUUUGAGGCAGCAGGCGAAGCUGGAGGAGAUGAAGCGUCGUAUCGCAGCAGAAGCCAGGAAGACUGAGAUUGAAGAGGCGUCGGACAAAGCAUUUCUGGUUCCAGCGCCGCCGGAAAUUGAGUGGUGGGACGAAGGUCUUCUUCCUGAGGGUCAGAACAGCUACGAUAAGUGGGACGAGCCGUCUCGAAAUCGCAUCGACACGGAUGAUAGCAUCAUCACUGCUUUGAUCCAACGCCCUGUCCUACUCCAAGCACCGCAGGACAAGCUACUUCCAGGGCCCAAGCCAUUAAUGCUUACACAGAAGGAGCAGAAGAAGCUACGUCGGCAGCGCCGCAUGGCCGAGAUGAAGGAAGAACAAGCCAAGAUUCGUCUUGGUCUGGUGGAGCCGCCACCUCCGAAAGUCAAGAAGUCCAACAUGAUGCGAGUCCUAGGAGAGCAGGCUGUCAAGGAUCCGACGGCAGUUGAAGCACGAGUGAACAGGGAGAUCGCACAACGUGCCUACGACCACGAACGUACCAACGCUGAGCGAGCACUGAGCAAGACGGAGAAGGAGGAGAAAUUGCAAAGACAGAUUGCUGGAGACGAAGCGAAAGGUAUCUACGUGGUCGUCUUCCGCGUAGACGACUUCUCCUCGGGCAAGCACCGAUACCAAGUUGACGUCAACGCAAAGCAAGAUGCCCUUACUGGCAUGGUCAUUCUCAACCCAAGCAUGAACUUGGUGAUUGUGGAAGGAGGCCAGCAUUCUAUCAAGCACUUCAAGAAGCUCAUGCUCAACCGAGUCAAAUGGGCGGAGAACACACCACCGGCGGGAUCAGCAAGCACAUUCGCGGCAGAGUGGUGUCAACCGCUGGACGAGCGUGGGAAUCUGAAAGACUUGAGUGAUAACCGAUGUGUGUUGGUCUGGGAGGGACAAGCGCCGACUCGUGCGUUCAAGCGAUGGGGAAGCCGAGCUUGCGAGACGGAUGGUGAAGCGAAAGAUGUUCUGAGCCGGACGAAGAUGGAGAACAUGUGGACGCUGGCGCGGAGCAAGUGA